GGGUCACGUGGCUGGCGCGGCUGCCGCGGGGAGGCCGGGCAGUGUUAGGAGCGAACUUGGGGGUCAUGCCGCGGGGUCGUCUCUGCGCCUGCGCCGCGCCGGGAUGCUGAACCUUGCGGCGCUGCUGUGGCGCCGGCUGCUGCGCAAGCGCUGGGUGCUCGCCCUGGUUUUCGGGCUCUCGCUGGUUUACUUCCUCAGCAGCACCUUCAAGCAGGAAGAGAGGGCGGUGAGAGAUCGGAACCUGCUCCAGGUUCAAGACCGCGAACAGCCCAUUCCGUGGAAGGUCCAGUUUAACCUGGGCAACAGCAGCCGGCCCAGCAACCAGUGCCGGAACUCUGUUCAAGGGAAACACCUCAUCACGGACGAGCUGGGCUAUGUCUGCGAGAGGAAGGACCUGCUGGCCAAUGGCUGCUGUGAUGUCGGUGUCCCCAGCGCCAAGCAGUACUCCUGUGAAGGGUGCCUGGCCAAUGGCUGCUGCGAAGCCUAUGAGUACUGUGUCUCCUGCUGUCUGCAGCCCAGCAAGCAACUUCUACUGGAGCGCUUCCUCAACCGGGCAGCUGUGGCCUUCCAGAACCUCUUCAUGGCGGUUGAAGACCACUUCGAACUGUGCUUGGCCAAGUGCAGAACUUCAUCCCAGAGCGUGCAGCAUGAGAACACUUACCGCGACCCCAUAGCCAAGUACUGCUAUGGAGAGAGCCCGCCGGAACUCUUCCCCGCGUGAGGCCUGAUGGAGAGAGACACCCAGAACCAGUCUGGUCCACGUGAGAUGACGAAGGAGAAAGGCAGGCACACAGGGAUCCUUGGCCUUGACCGUGUCUUGUGGCAGGCAUCGAGUGUCUCUGGCUCCCUCACCGCCCGCUGGAGCGGAUGGACGGAGCUGUCCUGUGGAGCAGGCCAGACGAGGCCCUGGCACCUUACAGGGCCCUGAGCCUGCUGGGCAGGGGCUGGGCGCUUGAUCCUAGGUUGUAGUUACUUAAUGACUUCUCAGAGCGGUGGGAGGUGCCGUGUGUCGUGCAGGACACCUUUGCCUGUCCAGUUGGGUGCGCUCGAGGAGGUGACUGCUGUGUUCACUUCCUGACUUGAGUCAACAAGUGACGUCGCUCCUGCGCCCAGGUGCAAGGUUGUCUCCAGGAGUGUGGGGUGUCCGGACUUACUUUUGGUUGUUUCAACAUUGGACCGGCAGGCCUUGUGUGCAUAUCCCAACAUCUAGGGGUAUGUAGAGCCUCACGUGGGGGGCGCUGGUCCCCAUUGAGCCCUUGUGGUUGCUCAUAUACCUGACAUGGUAGUCGGGAGGCCUGAAUUCCCCCAGAUGACUGUCCCAGUGGGGUUUCCUGUCACUGUGCUCAGCCUUGGGGCAGGGGAGCCUUUCCCUUGGCCGUCACGGAAGCCGGUGGGGACCUGGAAAUGUGCUUCACACCAUCCGCUCAUUCCUUACUGUGCUCCGCUCCUGGCCGUGUGCCAGAGGCAAAUACUAGUUAAGCUCUUCCUCCAGCCUAGAGUUUCCCAGCCACUCUCGGUGGGAGCCGGAUGUGGUAGCCAUGCGGAAGAGCGUCCCGAAGGCGGGUCAACGUCCGAGGCUCGCUCGCAGGGGUGGGCGGUUGUCAGCCGUAACUGAAACUUGGGUUUUAGGCCACCUGUUAAUGCACACUUGUGUCACGGAGCCUCACAGUAGGCCCCGGCGUUCUGUGGGUUGGCUUCAGGUUGCCCUAGCAUCAUACAUGAGUCUCAAGAUUUUAUCUCAGCAGCUUCGUGGAGCCUUGUCUCCCAGCCACGUUUGCCUUCAGGAUGGGAUUUCUUUCAGCUCCGUCCCGCUUCCUCUUCAUGCUCACCUCUGAAUUGUAUUCUGUCACCUCUCCGGAAGGGAGGACAGGCUGGUGGCAGUUGUUCUCUUGGUUUGUGCUGCCAUACUGGGAUCAAACCCAGGACUUUGUGUGUGACUGGCAAACCUUCUGCUCCUGAGCCGUGGCCCCGGCCAGGGAAUCGAUUUUCAGUGUUAGAUCCCGGUGAUUCUCUUCCGUUUGCUCUGGACUUCUCAGUGCGUGGAUUCAAAGUUCACUGAAGAACUAGGUGCACCUGCACAUUCUGGCACGUCCUGGAAUGUUCUGGCAUGUUCUGGCUUGCUCAUUCUUUCUGGUAACUGGGGUGUUUAUAUAUAUAUAUAUAAACUGGGAUAUAUAUAUAUAUAUAUUCUCCCAUUGCCCAGGCUGGCAUCCAACUCCCUAUGUGUUUAACACCAGCCUUGAACUCCUGACUGUCCUCUCUGCACCUGCCAAGUGAUGGGAUUAGAGGUGCACCCCAGCUGCCGGGUUCACCUGGCUUUUAAUGCUAGUCUGCCCUUGGUCAGCACUGGUGUUAGUCUCUCCCUUGAGUUAGUUUUCACUCUCAAGAGUGGCGACCCAGGUUGACUGUGAACAGUUGCAAACGUCAUGCCCGUUGCCAGUUCUCUGUGACUCGGCACCAGAACGGCAUGUUGUGGUGUACAGUCCACGGGUUUAUAGUCCCCGAGCAGCUGGGAUCAAGGAUCGAGUUUGCUUGUGUUUCACUCGGUGGAUGGGGGAAAAAGCGAGAGGUGGCUUGCCCUCCCGAGUCCCCUCCAAGACAGAAUCAUCAAAACCCACACAAGAACUUCACCUUGAACCCUGCCCACGUGUCCUCCACUGCACCUCCAUCCCCCCCCCCCCCCCCCCCCCCCCCCCCCCCCCCCCCCCCCCCCCCCCCCCCGAGAAUGGAUGGCUUUCAGCUAUCCUAGACAGGAGAUAGGAGAAACUGGUGUCUACGUCCACACCAAGGCAGUAAUGCAAAAGUCACUUUUUUUUUUUUUUUUUUGAGCCUGUCCUGGAUCUCGCUCUGUAGACCAGGCUGGCCUCGAACUCACAGAGAUCCGCCUGCCUCUGCCUCCCGAGUGCUGGGAUUAAAGGCGUACGCCACCACCGCCCAGCUGCAAAAGUCACUUUUAAUUGA